AUGAAGUCCACCAUCAUCACCGCCCUCCUGGGCUUUGCAUCUCUCGCUGUCUCUGCGCCUGCACAACUCGUCGAACGCCAGGCAUCUCUCGAACAGGUUACCGAUACCUACAUGUUCGACAUUUCCAUCGCGGAGUUCAUCGCCAACCGUAACGGAAAGGUCGGCCCUCCAGAGCUAAACUGGGAGAGCAAUGGAUGCACUGCUAGUCCGGAUAACCCGUUUGGAUUUGACUUCAUCAACUCCUGCUACCGCCACGACUUCGGCUACCGCAACUACAAACAACAAGGCCGCUUCGAUGCGAUGAAGGCGCGUACCGACAGUAACUUCAAGACGGACAUGUUCAACCAGUGUGCGACUGAGAAGGCAAAGGGACCGUGUGAAGCUACUGCUACCUUGUACUACGAGGCUGUUAAGGCGUUUGGAAAGAGAGAAGAGGAGAUGGCGCAAUAG